UUGGCAUCUGGGAAGCGAUGCAAGAGCGAUAAGCCUGGCGUAGGCCCGCGGAAGCUGCAGGAGCAUCGCUAGGUGUUGCCGCCACCAGGAAGCCGGGCUGCAGGAUGAGUAAGAGAGACUUACAGAAAGCAACAAAAGGAAAGCUUCUGAUAAUCAUAUUUAUUGUAACCUUGUGGGGGAAAGUGGUCUCCAGUGCAAACCAUCAUAAAGCUCACCAUGUUAAAACGGGCACUUGCGAGGUGGUGGCACUCCACAGAUGCUGUAAUAAGAACAAGAUAGAAGAACGGUCACAAACAGUCAAGUGCUCCUGCUUCCCUGGGCAGGUGGCAGGCACCACACGAGCUGCUCCAUCUUGUGUGGAUGCUUCAAUAGUGGAACAGAAAUGGUGGUGCCAUAUGCAGCCGUGUCUUGAGGGAGAGGAAUGUAAAGUUCUUCCGGAUAGGAAAGGAUGGAGCUGUUCCUCUGGGAAUAAAGUGAAAACAACCAGGGUCACCCAUUAACCAAGGAUAAACCAAGUGAUCCUCGAGGCUGAUUACGUUGAGCAUAUGCACAGGAACUCAACUCCUGAGGUGAUCUUGAAGGAAGAUUUUUAUACCACUCCGAAGAGGCACACCAGAGUCUGUUGUUUCCAAGGGAUUUCAUGGCUCAUAAUCAGCCCCUUCUCAAAAUCAAGACUUUUAAAAAGUCAGACAUGAACUUCUACGUCAUGAAGAUUUCAUCAGAUUUGAACUGUGUUCAACUUGUAAAACUGCAUUUGCUAAAAGAGUUUGAAGUUGCUGUCUGAUUGGUGUUUAUGGAAGAUGUCAGAGACGCUCAUGUUUUGGGCUCUUGGCUCCAGAUGUGACUGCUUUUCUUGUUUCUGAAAAUCUCCAAAGUGCCCUGGCCUUCUGUCAUGGGC